AACUCUGAAAUCGCUAAAUGAAAGUCGUUCAAGUAGCUCAAGCAAAGACAAGCUUGCUUGAGCUCUCUCACGCGUUAACCUCGCGAUCUCCGCAUAGCCUGACUGCUAACGUCUGGCGCCCAAACACACGAGGCUUAGCAGCAUAGCAUACACACGAUACACUAAGAAACGCGGCGGCCUGAGCCCAGUCAGACGGCUCAGCCACCCGGUUCUGCGAACACAACGCAUGACACACGCUCCUGGCACGACCGGGACCUCCCCUCACAGCCUCUUGCGGAACCCUGGGUCUUGCCCUUCCGUCUGCCGUACGCGCAUCGGCACAGCUAAACACAGCACGGUGACACGCCAUGCUAGGUGACCCGCUGAGGCGUGACAUCUAGGCCGCAGGACACACGCACAGCGCACGCACUAACGGUAUGGAGGGUCGGAAAACUUAGUCGGGCGGGGAAAGUAGUGGGAGGAGUGGGAGAAGUGUCUGUGUGUUUCUGGGGAGGCGGGAACGUCGCCCGUCGGGACUACGCCAGUUCAGAAAAGACAGAAUGGAAGGUUCCAGACGAGGCCGCAUGGGCCGCGGGGGUGGGGCUGAUUUUUCCAUCUGGGCGGAGAAGCUGGCUCUCGAAUCCGCUAACAACGGCUACCCCCGCUACAACGACAUUUUCGAGCCUUGGGCUUCAAGAAAAACAAGUAUUACAAUUCUUAAGAGCAUGAGCGGCAGCAGCAGCGUGCCUCCGGGCCCAACUCAAUACCCGCAGGACUCGGCCGGGUCACAUGGCUCUGGAGAGAGCCGGAACGUGCAGGAGGAGCAGCUGCCAGUGACAGCCCCAACGCUGGACCGGGCGCGCCAGCAGCAUCUGGAUGAUCUGCGCAUGCACAUUGAGGAGCUCAGCAGCCUCGCAGCAGGGCCCGGGGCAGCGCCCAAAUCUGGCUCCGGCAUCGCCUGCAAUGUCAGACUCUGGCGCUUGAAGUGCUGGCGCAAGCACCCGCCACCGGCCAGGUUGCAUCAGCAGGUCAGGUCAGGCAGAGGUCCAAACCGGGCGCUGCUGCGCCUGCUGGUGGACAAGUACGCGCACCUGGUGGUGUACAUGGACGAGUACUACACCAGCCAGCGCCAGCAGCAGUCGGGGUCACCGCGGUCGGUCCAGCCGUCGCCGUCGCCGUCGCCGUCGCGGCCGACAGUAACAGAGCUCGGCGGACAGCACGGCGCGCUGUGGGGUCGAGGAACCUAUGACAGCAGGCAUGCCAACACAGUGCCGGGAAAAGCUGCCUAACGUCAGGGUUAGGGUUGUUGCGGCUGUCGGGUUUAGGGCAGUGUCAGUGCGGAACGGGUGCCUCCCGGGCCCCGGACGGUAGAAGGCUGAGUCAUUGCUAGCCUUAUUCUGUGGUGCUUUACGGGUGUGGAGUACGUUAGAACGCAGUUUGUAGAUGCCGUUAUGACGUGGUUAUGACGCGGCUAAGGAUUUGCGUAUCCGGAUGAGGCGAUUCCCCCUUGGGGCGCCGUUGUUUGUGUGGUCACUAGCUCGAGACGACUUGUUCUGUCUCGAGCUCUCUGGUACGGCUUGCUGGUUAGCGAUUUCACAGACAGAACCCCGCUGUGCCUAUACACGGCCAGUGGUAAUACGCGUUUAACCAACAAGAGGUC